UCAGAGAACAGGGGAAGGUAUUUUAUUUUGAACUGCUGCUGGAAGUAACUAAAGUCGUUAAUGGUGAUAAAUCCCUGGAAAUGUGGAACAGAGGAGAUACAGAGAAGAACUCCUGCGUGGAUCAACUGAGGGAUUCUCCGCCAUGCAAAAAAUUAUCCCAUUCCAUCGAAGCGAUACUGAGGAGGCCCAUGUGUGUCCGAAAGGAGAAGAGAGUUCACCGGAGCUGGUCAGUCAUCAAGGAGAACCCCAGGAAAUCGACACAGCACUCGUGUACAGAAACUCCACAAACCCGACUUCUUGAAGAGUCUCCAACGGCCACGUCAGACUGCAUCGGCCGGAGGAAGAAAAGGCAAACCAGGGUGACGUUCACACCGUUCCAGGUCAAGGAGCUGGAGAAGGUUUUCCAGCAGACUCACUACCCAGACGUCAACACCAGAGAGCAGCUGGCCUCGGGUCUGCACCUCACCGAGGGCCGGAUACAGAUUUGGUUCCAGAACCGCAGAGCCAAGUGGAGGAAGGCCGAAACCCUGAAGGACCUGGAGCUGAUCUCCAGCCAGCACGUCCAGUCCGCCAGUCACGAGCUGCAGUAUUAUGAGGAGCCUCGGCUGCAGCCCGUGUGCUGGCUGCCAUGUUGCCUCCCUAAACCUCCUCACCCCCGGCUGCUCCCCAGAACGCCGUCAACACCGUCGAUGCCCGUGCUGACCCACACACAUUCCCCAGAUUACAGGACUCUCUAUUUUGAUCUGCUGGGAACAGAAAGAUAG